GCAAGGCUGUGGAUUCUGGGAGCAGAACACACAAACACAUACAUCAGCCAUUUUCAGUUUGCCGUGGUCAUUCUCUUUCACUUCAACACAAAGGUCCCCCAACUGUCCAGCUGAAAGGCACCAAAAGGAUGGACGAAGCGAAAGCGGGUCAUCGCGCACACGGGCGGUUUUUUCGUUAAGCGCGUCAAAACACAAAGGCGCAUCAGACGUGCAUCAUCCGAUCAACACUGCGAUGCGUCUCCGGGAUUUCAUCUGAUUCACCUUUGGGGAAAUUAUUGUAUUGGUCGAAAUCUUGAUUUUUGGACGUGUCCCAAAUCAUAACAGUACAAUCAUAUUCUGCACGCGUGAAGUAAAUCAACCCCUAAAACAUCCCAAACCGGCAUCUACAGACUAAAAAAAAAAAGUAAGUGCUGUGUCCUGCGGGUGAUGUCCACCAUGGUGUACCCGCGAGAGGAGACCCUGGAGCGGCUAACGCAGGAUGAGAUUGUGCUGAACACUAAAGCAGUGAUGCAGGGUUUGGAGACGCUGCGUGGGGAGCAUGCUCAGCUCCUCAACUCCAUACUGGACUGCACCCAACCACCCAUUGCCCAGGAGAAAUCAACCCUGCUCCGCAAGAGCCUGGAAGACAUUGAGCUGGGACUGGGAGAGGCACAGGUGAUCAUCGCUCUGUCUGGUCAUCUGAGCUCUGUGGAGUCUGAAAAACAGAAGUUGCGUGCACAGGUUCGACGGCUCUGUCAAGAGAACCAGUGGCUGCGGGACGAGCUGGCCAGCACGCAGCACAAGCUGCAGAAGAGUGAGCAGAGCGUUGCACAGCUAGAGGAGGAGAAGAAACAUCUGGAGUUCAUGAAUCAGAUCCGCAAGCUGGAUGAGGACACCUCGCCCUCGGAGGAGAAACAUGGAGAGAAGAAGGACAAUCUCGACGAUCUGUUUCCUAAUGAUGACGACCAGGGGCCAGCUCGGCCCAGCGGUGAAGUGGCGGCACAGCAGGGAGGGUACGAGAUCCCAGCACGCCUCCGAACUCUCCACAACCUGGUGAUCCAGUACGCCUCUCAGGGCCGGUAUGAGGUGGCUGUGCCGCUCUGCAAACAGGCCCUGGAAGACCUGGAGAAAACUUCUGGACAUGACCAUCCAGAUGUGGCCACCAUGCUAAAUAUCCUCGCCUUGGUGUACAGGGAUCAGAAUAAAUAUAAAGAGGCAGCUCACCUGUUAAAUGACGCUCUGGCCAUCAGAGAGAAGACUCUAGGUAAAGAUCAUCCUGCCGUGGCAGCCACGCUCAAUAACCUCGCUGUGCUGUACGGCAAACGCGGUAAACACAAGGAGGCGGAGCCGCUGUGCAAGAGAGCGCUGGAGAUCAGAGAGAAGGUCUUGGGUAAAUUCCACCCUGAUGUGGCAAAGCAGCUGAAUAAUCUGGCUCUGUUGUGUCAGAAUCAGGGGAAGUAUGAGGAAGUGGAAUAUUAUUACCGCAGGGCCCUCGAGAUUUAUGAGAACAAACUGGGUGCUGACGACCCCAACGUGGCCAAGACCAAAAACAACCUGGCAACGUGUUAUCUGAAACAGGGCAAGUUCAAAGACGCAGAAACGCUUUACAAGGAGAUUCUGACCCGUGCACAUGAGAAGGAGUUUGGAUCAGUCAACAAUGACAACAAGCCAAUCUGGAUGCAUGCAGAGGAAAGAGAAGAAAGCAAGGGCAGGAGGAAGGACUCGGUCCCUUACGGAGAGUACGGCAGCUGGUACAAGGCCUGCAAAGUGGACAGCCCCACUGUUAAUACCACAUUGAAGAGCCUGGGAGGGCUGUACCGCAGACAGGGCAAACUGGAGGCAGCGGAAACGCUUGAGGAGUGUGCAUCUAAGACUCGCAAACAGGGCAUUGAUGCGAUCAAUCAAAGUAAGGUGGUGGAGUUGCUGAAGGAAGGGGGUUGUGGAGGAGGUGACAGACGUCAGAGCAGAGACGGGGUAAAUGGUCCCGGAGGCCCCCGAGGGGACUGUGAUGGUGAUGAGGCUGAGUGGAGCGGGGAUGGGAACGGCGGCCUGCGCAGGAGCGGCUCGUUCGGGAAGAUUCGUGAAGCCCUGCGGCGCAGCAGUGAGAUGCUGGUGAAGAAACUGCAGGGCAGUGGCCCUCAGGAGCCACGCAACCCCGGGAUGAAAAGGGCCAGCUCCUUAAAUUUCCUCAACAAGAACGCAGAAGAAACAUCACAGGAAUCUAACAGCGGUUUGUCAGAAUCCAGAGGACUGAGCGCUAGUAACGUGGACCUGACCAGACGCAGCUCUCUGGUCAGUUAGAAAAUGACUUCUGGACAUGGCAGGGCCAAACAGAGAGGCUGUUUGCUACCUACUUGAAAUAAAAUAUAAUUAAAUUAUCCUUAUUCAUCAUUCUCAUUAGAAAAAGAUUUUCAGAUGAAAAACAUGUCUUUCGUUGUACAUCGCCUGUGUAGUUUGAGCUAGGCUUGUUUGCUUUACAUUAGCGACUCUCAUUAAAGGUCACAAUAAAAAUGCAAAUUAAAAAGAUAAACGCUAAACAGCAUGAUGCCGCCUGCCAAACCAUAUACAGACGAUCUGCUCUAGAGAUAUCUAGUGGUGAAAUUGCAUCAUAGCAUUGCAUUUAGAGUGGCUAGAGUGGCUCUGCAUACUUCGAUCAAGUUAUACUCUCUGUACAAAGCAUACAUUUUCUCUAGGUUUGCCAUUUAGAAAAUGAAAAGUUCAAAACAUUGCAUAUAUAGUAGAUGCAUAGACACCAUGAAUGCUAACUGCUUCCACAAAAAGACCUCACAAAGUUGGAAUGGUGCGACAAUGUUUAUAGUAAAUGCACUUGCGUUAAAAAAAAAAAAAAAUGUACUUCUGGAUUUUUAGAAGCUUGAAGAACACCUUCUGAGUUGUAUGUAUAUACUGGUUUAAAUUAUUUAAGUCUUUUUGUUUUGCAAAAUUAGUGCACAAGGGUUUUGUUUACAUUUUGGGAGUGACUAGAAAUGAUCUGAACGGUACAUUGAAGGAUUUUGCUUUAUGAUCUAAAUUUUGUUUUAAGGCAGAGCUCUCUUUAUUGAGAGUUGUGAUUCUGUGAAUCUAGAAUCAUCGUUCAGCUUCAUGCAGAUCUUUUGCAAAUGUGCGUUCAUCUUAUACGUCUGAAUUCGCUUUAAUGGAAGUGAACCAACACAAAGUCCUGAUGAGGGGUGAAAAAUUGAUGCUUUAUUGGUGGAAAAAAAAAUAUAGCACUGGAAUAUUUCAUCAGUUUAAAAUGUAGCAUGUUUUUUUUAAAUGUGCAUGCUAACCACCAGGAUGUCAUGAACAUCGUAUUAAAACUGUGUCUCAAACAGCCAGAUCUUCCAUUUGUUGUUUUAAUAUCUUAUCGGUUUCAUGUAAAUUAAUUCUUAAAUAUCCGUGAAAUGUGCACAUUUUGUGUAGAGCUCAUAUCGAUCAGUAAUAACAAAUGUCUUAGUCUACUACAUGCUUAUACAUCUAAUCAAAAAUGUUCCUUAUUGAGAUCUUUCAUGUUUGCACCUUUAUGUAAGUCAUUAUCCUGUUUUCAUGAUGAUUAUAUAUGUAUUCGAUACUGGGUUUAUUUGAAUGUUUUGAAUGAAUUGUUUCUGUGUUCAAUCGUUUCUUUCAGUGCACGUGAAUGUCACUAUCUUUUGCUUCCAGCCAUACAAAUUGGUGAAUCUCACAAAGUAAUUUCAGGGUCAUAUUUGACCCCAUAAAUUGCAAAAAAAAAAAAAAAAAAAAAAAAGCCUAUUUUUAGGAUAAUUGUAAUUAAAUUGUCUGAUCUUAAAACUCUCAAAGAUUCAGUUGUCAGAAGCCUAAUGUCCUUGAAAAAGGCAACAUUUUCUUUAUGCAAAAUAUAGUUUAUUUCUUUUGAUUUUGGGGUGAGAUUCAUCCAAACAGAAUGUACCGCAAAGAGUUGCUGAGUUCAUUUUAAUGUUGUGUUUUAAUGCUGUUUAAUGUUUUGCUAAACAUAAAUGAAGGAUCUAGAACGUUCUUGAGUGAAACUAGACAAAAUAAUGUAAUCAAAAAUAAAAUAUCAGGAGAAAUUAAUGUUGAAAUAGCAGUCACAACAAGGCAUUGUUAGAGAGAAAUACAAAUAUCACUACUGAAUGUAAGCUAUUGUUUUCUCACAAUCGUGAGUCGUGACCACAAAAACACACUUGUGUGAACUCCCACUUGUGUAGUUUCUAACAACUCUGAUAAAUGCUGUGUUUACACUAAAAAUGAAUGUGAACCCACUUUUGGCUUUGUCCUGUCUGUCAUUAAAGCCUACUAUGUAUGAUUCCUCUCUUGCCACAUAAUGUUUAUAAAUGAUUGUCUCACUGGUAAGAUUGUGCUGCAGGUACCCAAGUUGCUCUUGUGCACUGAUCUUGAAACAGCACCCCUGUUCUUAGCAUUAUAGUAAAAAAAAACAAAAAAACAUUGCGCUUCACUCGGAUCAGUUGUAAAGGGUAACUUCUACCAGCCCUGUAGAAUGUAGCCAUGCUGGUACUCUAGGUUUCAGACUGUCGCACUUCCUCCAAGAUGGAUUUCACUUGUGAAGGGGCCAACCUCAUGUACGCUUUAAUAAAAGUUUCGAAAUAAAUGACUUCUGCUUUUCAAACCAAA